AUGGGAAGGAGUCCUUGCUGUGCUAAGGAAGGUUUGAAUAGAGGAGCAUGGACAGCUGCUGAAGACAAGAUUCUCAUCGACUACAUCAAGAUUCAUGGUGAAGGAAAAUGGCGACACCUUCCCAAAAGAGCAGGUCUCAAGAGAUGUGGGAAGAGUUGUAGGCUGAGAUGGUUAAAUUAUCUACGACCUGAUGUCAAAAGAGGAAAUAUAACUCAUGACGAAGAGGAUCUCAUCAUCAGGCUUCACAAUCUUCUUGGAAAUAGGUGGUCUUUGAUAGCUGGACGACUACCAGGACGAACAGACAAUGAAAUAAAGAAUUACUGGAACACCAACAUCGUAAAGAAGCUUCAAAGUGGAAACUCAAAAUCCCUCACCACUUCAAGUGGUGUUGAACCAAGUUCCUCAUGUUUAGCCGGUCAAGACACCGACCCGGAUCCAGAGCUUCCAAAUAAAGGUCCAUGCUUGAUUCGAACCAAAGCAACAAGGUGCACCAAGGUGACACUCAGCGAAGAACUCCGACCAUUAAUGGCCGCAGCUUCUUCGAAUCGUGAUGGCAUGAAUGUUACCUGCGAUCAUGCGAAAAUGCAGGCACCGCCUUUGGUGGAUUCGGAGGGAAUUACAAACAACCUGUUGGAUUUCAUGGCGGAUUUUGAGAUCGAAGAGACUAUGUUUUCAGAUCUUCUUCGGAAUAUGGAUAUUUCAGAACCAUCUUGUUUUGAGAAUAAAGUCGUUGCAGUGGAAGUAGACACUCACGCCGAUCCUCAAUGUUGUCAUCGUUUGUCUCCUCUGAUUUCGGAUGAAACCUGCUUGAAUGUUUCCGAUUAUUCAAUGUUGCAUGGCUCUGAGGAUUUCCAAUCAAUGUCGGCUCUAAUGGAGAAUGAAUUUGACUGGCUUUGAAUUCCUCUAAAAAGCGCGCGCACGCGUGUAUUAUUACUAUUUCGAUCUUGUAUAUUGAUAAUGAAAAGCUCGAUCUGGAAAUGUCAAACUAUAGAUUUUUGUUCCAUUUCCAUUGUGGUUAUUAGGUAACUAGGUUGCAUUCUUUCUG